AUGAAACUAGAUGAAGAACAACAACCUAUUCUUUAUUCUAGUGAUAAUUACUAAGAACCAUCUGAAAUAGACUCUUCAUUGGAAGCUAGAUUAGGAUUCAUAAAAAAAGUACGUUUUUGAGUAAUGUGAGGUGUAUACAAUCAUUAACAUCUAAAUUUUAUUUACAGGAACUUUAACAUUAUUGUAGAUUAAUUAUUAGGACAAGUAAGAAAUUAAUUCAUCAUAAAUUUGGCUUUUUGUGAUUGCUCUCAUAAUAGCCAUUGUCUUAAUUUUUUGUUUGCUUUGUAAUAAGAUAUAUGCAAGAAAAAGUCCAAAGAAUUUAUUUUUAUUAAUCAUCUUCUCUUUAAAUUCAGGUUAUGUAAUAUCAUAAAUUUGUUGCUUUGUUGCUCUGAAGUAUGAAAUUGCAAGUAAUAAGAUUUUAUAGAAUUAGACAAUCUAAUAUAAAUAGCAAUAUAUAUAAUUUUCAUAAUGAUAACAGGAUUAACAAUGUUAGCUUGGUAAACUAAAGAAAAUGUAACAUUUUGCAAAAGCAUUCUAAUUUCCUUAGCUCUUUUUUUAGUUUUGCUACCUACAUUCUAUUACAUUUAUUAAAUAUAAUUAGUAGAAAUAAUCUAUUUAGCUUUAGCUAUAUUUCUUUAUUUAUUAUAUAUCAUUUAUGACAUAUAUAAGAUCUUUGAUGCAAAAGUAAAUAUAAUUUAUUAUGAAAACAGAGACAUUCUCUUUAGAAAAAUGAUUACAUUCUAGGGGCACUCUUUUUGUAUGUCGACAUGAUUUAUGUAUUCUCAGAUAUCUUAAAAUAUCUUACAAAUUAUGGAGAAUGA